AUGAUUGUUUCUAAAGUUUAUUCCAUUGCUACUAUAUUAUAUUUAGUUUCGUCGCUAUUUUCUGCUGUUUUAGUCGAUUCGGCUAAAAUCGAGUGUAUUAAAGGUGCUUCCAGUAAAGAUCUCAAUGAAAACAAAGAAAGAUUUAUGAUUUUCCUUGAACCUAAAAAAGGAUCAACAUCCGCCGCCUCUAGUGACUCAGAAAUUCUUAAACAACAUUUAAAUUUUUAUAAAGACUGCUGGGAUAUAGAUUCUGCGCCAGCUUUGGAAGAAAGUGAUGGAAUUGCAACCAAGAGUUUUUCGUCGAAUAAAUUAUUACAUUUUUCAGUUGGUUCCCUUGUUGGUUAUUUUGGUUCCUUUAAUCCUCAAGUACUUAAAGAACAAAUCAAAACAUUACCUAACAUUAAAAUAGUUGAAAAGGUAACAAAAGUUAAAGCUUUUGCCGCUAUACAAAAAAGAGCUAGUACCGUUGAAAAGACUUCGUUUUAUGACUUGGAUCGUAUAGAUCAAAGAAAGCGUCCUUUAAAUGGAAAAUAUCAGUACCCCAGUUCAGCUGGUAGCGGUGUAAACGUCUAUGUGAUUGAUACUGGUAUAAAUAAAACCAAAUCAGAAUUUGGCAAUCGUGUUAGAUUUGCUGGUGUAUUUUGUGAUGGAUGUCCUCGAUUUGAUGACGAAGGUCAUGGUACCGAAGUUGCAAGUGUUAUUGGUGGCAUCCAUUUUGGUGUAGCUAAAAAAGUUAAACUUAUAGCUAUCAAAGUACUUGAUUCAGAAGGUUCAGGAACUUUUGAGGGUGUUAUUUCGGGUAUGAUGUUUGUAUUAAAGGAGCAUUUAGCAAACAAAAACAAAAACACAGUUAUUAAUAUUUCAUUAGGUGGUGGAUUUUCUUCAGCAGUAAACAAAGCAGUUAAUGAUCUUACAAAGGCAGGUAUACAUGUUGUCGUAGCUGCUGGAAAUGAGAGUCAAAAUGCUUGUUUUACCUCGCCUGCAAGUGCACCAACUGCAAUUACAGUAGGUGCAACUGACAAGGGUGAUGAUUCAAUGGCUGACUUCUCAAAUUUUGGACCUUGCGUUGACAUUUUUGCUCCUGGUGUCGAGGUUCCUGUACUUUCCUUUGGCCGGCCUUCUCUAGAUUCCGGUACAAGCUUCUCAUCUCCAUUAACUGCCGGUGUUGUUGCUUUAAAAAUCAGUGCUUCUGGUAAUCUUAGUCCUAAAAAAAUGGCCGAAGCAAUAAUCUCUGAUAGUACCAAAAAUAUUAUAAAGAAAAUACCAGUCACACCAAAUAGAUUUUUAUUUUUUCCUCAAAGUUAA